GCCCAGGAAGGGGGAGUCUUGGGGUUCUGGUCCUUACAUCCAGGUCUAUUUCUAUUUUUAUUCAGUGAUUGUUUAAUUCAAGAUGUCCAGGAAGAAUGGUUUUACCUUGGGAAAUUAGCAAGUGCAGACUCAUGUUAAAAGACUGGGCAGGUUUAGAUGAAGAUGAAGAUGCACACGUUUGGGAAGAUAACUGGGAUGAUGACAACGUAGAAGAUGAUUUCUCCAAUCAGUUAAGAGCUGAAUUAGAAAAACAUGGAUACAAGAUGGAGACCUCAUAGUUUUCACUGAAAACUGAAUAAUUUAAAAUUGAACUGUAGAUGGAAUAUAUUGAAAAAGGAAGACAAGACAGCAAAUGAGAAGAAACAUUCAGUCAUUUAUCUAUCUUGGAUUUAUUUUUGUUUUGUAUAAAUAAUAAACAUUUUUAAUCUUAGCUGUA